AUGACAAUGAUUAAUGAACCAAUUAAAUAUCAAAACUCAAUGAAAAUUCCACUUCUUGUCAUAACAAAGAAAAAUCCACAACAAAAUUACAUUGAAUUUGAUGAUUUAACCUCUGAAAAUGAAAACAAUACAAUUACAAAAGAUUUAUUUGUGCCAUCUUGUAUUCUAAAACUUAAUCCAGGUAAAAGAAUUGAAGAUUAUGCAUUUAAGAACUGUACUGUUGAGGAAUUCGAUUUUUACAUUGAAAGAAAUGUAACAGCCAAAGGCUCAUUAAUGCGUAAUGAACUUUUCAACUACUAUAAUUCAGUCCAAAAUGAAAUCAAUGAUAACUCUCAAAAUAUAAUCAUUGAUUUCGAAGAUCUUGAAGUUAAAUUUGGUGAAAAAUCAAUUGAAGAUUUUUAUAACGUUCUUAAAACAUUUUCUCAAAUAGAAAUCAUUGAACUUGAUAAACAAUUCCAGUCAUAUGGAAAACCAUCUCUUUCUUAUGAUCCAAAUUAUCAAAUGAAGAAUUCAAAUGAGCAAUUUGAUCUGAUUAGAAGAAAAAUCCAAGAAUGUUUUAGUUUAAUAAGGUGUAAGGAUCAAUUACAAGAAAAGAUAAAUGGUUUAGAAACGAAUCUCCAGAAAAUCAAAGAAUAUCCCAUUACUUUUGAUAUUAUUAAGGCGAAAUCUCUCUCAAAAACAAUCGAUUUUGAAAAUCUUAAAGAAGAAGUUCUAUUUUCUCCAAAUAUUACUGUUAAAGGAAACCAAAUUAUAUCCUCAUUCAAGAGCAUUGAUAUUGGUUAA